AUGGGAAUACACGGACUUGCCAAGCUGAUCGCGGACCAGGCCCCUGGAGCCAUUAGAGAGCAGGACAUCAAGAAUUACUUUGGUAACUGUGACAGGACUCUUCCUAUACAUAUUGAUUAUUGAUCUGCUAAUCCACACCAUGUUAGGUUAGAUGAUGCUCCUUUAUUAGGUCUGUCAGAUGGCGUGGGGAGUAGGGGAGAGUGGGGUAAGAUGCGCCAUUUUUCAUAUUUUGGAUCACUACAUCAAGACAAUCAUAGUUUUGUCUCUAACUCGUGUAUUUGCAUAUAUUUCAAGAUGCUGUGCAUCCCUGCAAACCAAUAGAAUGAGUGUAAACAUAACUGUCUUUAUAAUAUAAUCUAAUUUAUAAAGUUUGCAAAACAAAACACAUUCUCGACCACAAAUCACUACAUAUUCUCUACUGUUCACUGAUUUUACCAUAUUUACACUACUGUGCAGAGGUUUGGGGCAAAACUUACAAUAAGAUCACAAUCUGUACUGCAGCAAAGAGCCAUCAGAAUAGUUCACAAUACGAGUUACACAAAUUCACUAUUCUUCAAAUCAAAAAUAUUAAAAUUCACUAACCUGGUUCACUUUCAAACAGCAAAAAUCAUGUACGAAAUAUCCAAAAAUGUUUUUUUAACAGGGCUGGGGGUUAUCAUCUGAGGGGGACUUUAACCUGAAGUAUCAGCGGGCAUGUUCAACAUUAAAAAGUUUUUGUGUUUCUGUUUGCGGAGUAAGGUUAUGGAACAGAUUAGGUGUGGAGCUCAAGCGUUGUCCAAGCAUGACCCAGUUUGAAAAGCAGUACAAAAACAUGGUUCUCACCAGGUACAGGGAGGAAGAAGGGCUUUAACGAUCGGGUUCAUAUCAUUUCAUGAAUGAUUAAUGUAGUUAUUUACUCUCUUUAUGUUCUAUUUUUUGUUAGUAUCAUGUAAAAAUGCUGGAGACUGACUGUUUAUUGAGUAAAGGAGAAGGGGUAGGUUUAAAAAAAGCAUAAUGCUUCAUCCUACUCCUUUUUGGACAUGUUGAGUUCACAUCAUUAUUAUUAUUUGUAUUUUUAAUUUUAAUUUUUCCUUUUUUGCUUCGAUUAUUGUUUGAAAAAAAUAUAUAAAUGAAAUUAAGUUACCGAAAAAUUAGUCAUCCAUUAAUAGUUGUUGCACUGAAAGGGGGCUCUUUCUAUUUCAGGAAACCAGGUUAGGGGUGUCUGAAAAAAAUUAGCAUGAAACAUCAUUGUUAUUGUAACAGUAGAAAACAAAACCAUCUGCUUAUCUGUACUUGUGCAGGCAGGAAGAUCGCCAUCGAUGCCUCUAUGUGUAUCUAUCAGUUCCUGAUCGCCGUGCGACAGGAUGGGAAUGUCCUACAGAACGAGGAUGGAGAGACAACCAGGUAAUAAAGGCGCCUCAAAACUGUGCGGCAGCCACUGUACUUGGAUUGAUCCUACAACUUGAAACACCUUUUGCCAACCUGUUGUUCUCCUUUCUCAGUCACUUGAUGGGAAUGUUCUACCGUACUAUCCGUAUGCUGGAACAUGGCAUCAAGCCUGUGUAUGUGUUUGACGGCAAGCCCCCACAGCUCAAGUCAGCAGAGGUAAAUAUGAGCUCUGAGGUCUUCUGGUGUGUUUCUACCUUCUUUCUUUUCUCCUAGCUGUGACAGUUAGUCUGGUCUCCCUUUUAAUUGUUUUUCUAGCUCAACGGUCCUGUUUCAUUUCAUUUAAUGGGUCUUUAAUCUUCUCUAACCCCCCAGCUGGAGAAGAGGGGAGAAAGGAGGGCAGAGGCUGAGAAGCAGCUUGCUCAAGCUCAGGAAAUGGGUAAAUUUAUUUAUUUUUUUAUGUCUGCAAAGAUUUAAUUCAGUGUAUGAUUGAUAAGGUCAUGAAAGAUAUAGUUAGAUUACCCUUAACAUGCAGGUUUUGUGAUUUGAAUGUCUGCUAAAAUGCAUUCUCUCUUUCCAGGAGAACAAGAGAACAUCGACAAAUUCACCAAGCGUCUGGUAAAAGUCACCAAGCAGCAUAAUGAUGAGUGCAAGAAGCUGCUGACUCUGAUGGGAGUGCCUUACAUUGAGGUUUGCUAUGACUCAGUAUUUCCAUGUCACUGCCUCUGAGUGUUUUCUGUCUGGUUGUUUUUUUUUUGUCUGUUUUUUUUAGUGCUGCGUCUCACAUCAUACAUUCAUCGGUCUUGAUCCAGUUCAGGGUUUGUUGUUGUCACCAAAAAUUAUUAUAUUUCCUCACUCUCUUUUAUUGUACGUGUUCUUAACUCUAGGCUCCAUGUGAGGCUGAGGCCAGCUGUGCAGCCCUUGUCAAAGCAGGGAAGGUCUUUGCCACAGCGACGGAGGAUAUGGACGGGCUUACCUUUGGGACAAAUGUUCUGCUCAGACACCUCACAGCCAGUGAAGCAAAGUAAUGUCACACCUAAAUCACAUCCAUACCGUGUCUUUUUGCCUUUUGGCACAGUAUCAACAUCCUGUCUUCCUUUUUAUUUCCUGACAGAGGAGACAAUUUGCUUUAUGACAUGUAGAUAAAAGUUGUUUCAUUAAAAUGCAAUGUGUUUCUUUUGUGCUUUGUCUUAGGAAACUUCCAAUCCAAGAGUUUCACUUCAGUCGCAUGCUGCAGGACAUGAGUCUGACUAAUGAACAGGUAAAGCUGAAUCCACAUUUAAAGAUUGUCCAGUCCAUCUUCAUCAUGGGUAACACUGAGUAACCACUUCAUCUUUUUUUCCAUCCUAGUUCAUAGACCUGUGUAUUCUGCUGGGCUGCGACUACUGCGCCACCAUCAAAGGAAUUGGCCCAAAGAGAGCGAUCGACCUCAUCAAACAACAUGGCAGCAUUGAGGAGAUCCUUGAAAACAUUGAUUCCAACGUAAGUUGAUGAGCGCUUUAAUUUAGAAGUUUGGACAGUGAAGUACUCAGAGUUUGGUUCUGACUUUGUGUGCGUGUCUCGCUCCCCCCUGCGCAGAAGCACCCUGCGCCAGAGGACUGGCUGUACAAAGAGGCCAGGGGUUUGUUUUUAAAGCCAGAUGUGGUCGAUUGUUCCUCACUGGAGCUGAAGUGGAGUGAGCCAGAUGAGGAGGGACUCAUACAGUUCAUGUGUAAUGAGAAACAGUUCAGGUACUGCUGCUUCAUGGAUUAUUGUCUUCUUUCCUCUAUGAUGCUGAUUUUUAGGAAUUUAUCACCAGACCUGCUUGUUAUACAAUGUUUGUACACUAGGCUGCACCACUGACUAAGCAGAAAAGGACUGACUUUUCUUGCUUCACAUCAUCUGAGACUUUUCACUAACCCUAAUUCUGAAGAUCCUUAUAAACAGAUGUGUCCUGCAGUUAUCCUUAGGUUGCAUUUCAUCAUUAUAUAAAGGCCAAUGGAUUCUAAAGAACCGUCACUGCUGCAAAUAAAAAAAGAAACGGUGCAGAUAGAAAAAAAAAUCCACAACCGAAGUUAACGAUGCAGAAAAAAAGCGGCGAUGCAACAAAAAAAAAAAAAGAUACUUACUGCGAAAAUAAAAGGAUGCAAAUUAAAAAAGCCACAACUGAAGUGGCUUCUUUUUUUUUUUUUUGCAUUCUUUUCUAUUUGCAGCAGUGGCAGCUCUCGGCCUCUGUACUAAAGAAAUCUAUGCAGAGGAAAGCACUGACCUACUCAUGAAAUAAUAAACUGUUCUUUCAUUAUGUGCCUGCGGACAGUGAGGACAGGAUCCGUAACGGCUGUAAAAAGAUUGUGAAGAGCCGACAAGGCAGCACACAGGGACGCCUUGACUCUUUCUUCACCGUCACUGGAUCUCUGUCCUCCAAACGGAAGGUAAAUUAAGACACUGCACAAUUCAUGUUACGGCCGGUUUACACGCUCCUUUAUUGCAAAAAGGCGAUGAAAUCUGCUUUUGAGGUGUUGUUUACUGUAAAUAAUACAGAGCAAACUGAAUACUGGAUUCAUUGAAACAAUUUCCUCAUUUGAACAGGAACCUGAGGUUAAAGGAUCUGCAAAAAAGAAGCAGAAGACUGGUGCCACUCCAGGCAAAUUUAAGAAGGGAAAGUAGAUCAAUGGCAGGAUCAACUUUAGUUCCUUAAGAGGGUGAUGUUGGUAAAAAUGACCGCUGAAGAGAACAUGAAGCACCCGCCACGAUAGGAGGAAGCUGCUACGCAAAUGUGCAAAAGGAAGUUUGUGUUGAAAGACUAGUUCACCUUGACAACUCUGUACAUAACCAAACAUGGUGCUGUUUAGGAAGUGAUUGAGAGUUAACCCAAUGUGUCAUUUCUGUCAUUGAAUAAAGAUUGAGAAAACUUUUUUUAGAAUGAUUUGACUUUGGCCUUUUAAACUGGGUAUAUGCCCGUCACCAUGGUUACAGGGAAGAAACAGCCAUCAUUACUUUUUCCGUAGUGAAUUUUCACAGUGAGUGAUGAAUUUCUCUGCUAAAAAGUAUUUUGUUGACUCACAACACUUGCAUAACAAGCGAGAGCUGAGGGUUACCAUGUUCACCACAGGGGAGGCGCCAAAAUCAGCAGAGAAACACUUUGUCACAGGAGCCAGCAACAACUAUCAUCUUGUGGAGCAGCAGUAAUGAGUGCAAGAUGCAAAAACAGUCCAUCUUCAGCUCAGCGUCUUACUUUAAAAUUUAAAAAGGAGUAUAAACAAAUUACUUGGUCGACCUUGGAGGCUUUUAUUAGAGAACUUAAAAAGUUAGGAUGUGCAUCAGGAGUUUUUUUUUAAACACAGGAAGUUCAAACAUGAGUGACAUCCCUCUUUUUAGGGAUUAGAAACCAAAUCAUGUCAAACUGGGAAUUGUGAUUUUUUCCAACAACCUGCAUGCAAACCUCAUUUGAGCCACAUUAAGGACAAUAAAAUACAAAAUUAAAGGAGCAUGCUGUAAAAUAUUUACAGAGAAAAAUCACAGAAUGUGGUGAUUGGUUGAAUAAAAAAACAAUAAUUUAGCUGUAAUGUUGAAUAAACAAAUUUAAUAAAUAACAGUGCAAUUUAAAAAAUCUAACUGAUUCAAAAACACUCCUGCGUUCCGUUGUGUAUUUGUUAGUGAGUGUAAUGCUGUAUGAAUUAGUAACUGGCAGACUUACAGAUAGGCUUAGUCUUGCAACAGAGGAAGCCAACGUGCUUUAAAAUAAGAAUUUUGCAUAAGAUACAAAAAGGAAGUUAGAUGCCAUAUCUUCUGCUUUAGAAGAAAUUACUGCAUUUUUAGUAUUUUCCCCCAUUAUCUGUAGAAAGCUGAAAGGACUCUCUCUGGCCUCUGCUAAUCUGGUGAGUCCUUUUCUUCUUUUGCUUUGCUUGUUGCCCGAAAUUGUUAUACUCUGAUAUAUAUAUAUAUAUAUAUAUAUAUAUAUAUAUAUAUAUAUAUAUAUAUACACUCACCGGCCACUUUAUUAGGUACACCAUGCUAGUAACGGGUUGGACCCCCUUUUGCCUUCAGAACUGCCUCAAUUCUUCGUGGCAUAGAUUCAACAAGGUGCUGGAAGCAUUCCUCAGAGAGCUUGGUCCAUAUUGACAUGAUGGCAUCACACAGUUGCCGCAGAUUUGUCGGCUGCACAUCCAUGAUGCGAAUCUCCCGUUCCACCACAUCCCAAAGAUGCUCUAUUGGAUUGAGAUCUGGUGACUGUGGAGGCCAUUUGAGUACAGUGAACUCAUUGUCAUGUUCAAGAAACCAGUCUCAGAUGAUUCCAGCUUUAUGACAUGGCGCAUUAUCCUGCUGAAAGUAGCCAUCAGAAGUUGGGUACAUUGUGGUCAUAAAGGGAUGGACAUGGUCAGCAACAAUACUCAGGUAGGCUGUGGCGUUGCAACGAUGCUCAAUUGGUACCAAGGGGCCCAAAGAGUGCCAAGAAAAUAUUCCCCACACCAUGACACCACCACCACCAGCCUGAACCGUUGAUACAAGGCAGGAUGGAUCCAUGCUUUCAUGUUGUUGACGCCAAAUUCUGACCCUACCAUCCGAAUGUCGCAGCAGAAAUCGAGACUCAUCAGACCAGGCAACGUUUUUCCAAUCUUCUAUUGUCCAAUUUCGAUGAGCUUGUGCAAAUUGUAGCCUCAGUUUCCUGUUCUUAGCUGAAAGGAGUGGCACCCGGCGUGGUCUUCUGCUGCUGUAGCCCAUCUGCCUCAAAGUUCGACGUACUGUGCGUUCAGAGAUGCUCUUCUGCCUACCUUGGUUGUAACGGGUGGUUAUUUGAGUCACUGUUGCCUUUCUAUCAGCUCGAACCAGUCUGGCCAUUCUCCUCUGAUCUCUGGCAUCAACAAGGCAUUUCCGCCCACAGAACUGCCGCUCACUGGAUAUUUUUCUUUUUCGGACCAUUCUCUGUAAACCCUAGAGAUGGUUGUGCGUGAAAAUCCCAGUAGAUCAGCAGUUUCUGAAAUACUCAGACCAGCCCUUCUGGCACCAACAACCAUGCCACGUUCAAAGUCACUCAAAUCACCUUUCUUCCCCAUACUGAUGCUCGGUUUGAACUGCAGGAGAUUGUCUUGACCAUGUCUACAUGCCUAAAUGCACUAAGUUGCCGCCAUGUGAUUGGCUGAUUAGAAAUUAAGUGUUAACGAGCAGUUGGACAGGUGUACCUAAUAAAGUGGCCGGUGAGUGUAUAUAUGAACAAGAACUUGAUCUAAGCUUUGAGGGGAAUACUGAUCAGCAAAACUCAUAAAGAGGUUGCCUUAGCUGUAUUUUUCUCUGAAAACUGCAGGAACUUAUGGGUUAUAACAGAAGGGGGCAGAGACUUCUAGAAUGAUGUGUGUUAUUGUUCUGAUUACACCAAAUAUAUCCUCAAUCUUGAAUUCUUAUUAUUCUAAUAAAACACUGAACAUAAUCUAGACCACUUCCUUUUGAUUGGUGUCUUGAGAAAACUAUUUUCAUGAAUUGCAAUAAGCAAAUACAAAUUGAUUUACAACCAGUUUUCAAAAGUAAAGUAGGCGACUGUAAACUGCCCUGUGUGUGGAUGGGGAUUUAGGAGAUACAUGAUACAUGUUGCUGGUGUAAAUACAAAACCCAAUUCCACUGAAAUUGGGAAAUUGUGAUAAAUGUAAAUAAAAACAAUACAAUGAUUUGCAAAUUCUUUUCAACCUAUGUUCAAUUGAAUACACUACAAAGACAAGAUAUUUAAUGUUCAAACUCAUAAACUUUAUUUUAUUUUUGCAAAUAAAAAUUGACUCAGAAUUUCAUGGCUGCAACAUGUGCCAAAGUAGUUGGGACAGAGACAUGUUUACCACUGUGUUACUUCACCUUUGAUUUUAACAACACUCAAUGAACGUUUGGGAACGCGCACUCUUUUACUAUGAAGCUAAGCUGUUGUAACACCUGCAGAAUGUGGCUUGGCAUUGUCUUGCUGAAAUAAGCAGGGACGUUCAUGAAAAAGACGUUCGCCUUUGAACUUUGUGUCGAUAACAGUCCAGAUGGUUCUGUUACUCUUUGCAGUUAUUUGCAAAAAAAAAAACAAUAAAGUUCAUCAGUUUGAACAUUUAAUAUCUUGUCUUUGUAGUAUAUUCAAUAAAAUAUGGGUUGAAAAGAAUUUGCAAAUCAUUGUAUUCCGUUUUUAUUUACGAUUUACUUAUCUUCCCAACUUCAUUGAAAUUGGGUUUUGUAUGUAAUAUGAGCUAUUGAUGCCGAUUUAUAUACCUGCAUUAUGAUGUGUACAAUUCAGGUGAUUCAGGUCCAAUCUCUGAGGAUGUUGACCACCAACUUGAUACUGAGUAUCUUCUUUCUUACAGGUGAGCUCUAAGUUCACUGUCUUACAAAUCACUCUACAGUCAAUGACUCUUUGGACUAAUCAUGGUUCUGGUUUUUCAGGUGCUGUGACUGGUUGUGAAUUUUAUUCAGACCUCUUCAUAACUACACCAAAGAAGAUGGAAGCGCUGAGUGGAUCUUGUUUGCAAAUCCCGUGUAACUUUAGUGCUAGACGAGAGCAUGACUUUGACAGGGGAGAAAACUUUGGGGUGUGGAUUAAAAUGUACCCCUAUUUCGGCAAAAGACCAGAAAAUGUGGUUUUCAACAGUAGCGGGUCAGUUCUAAUAUAUCCGAUGAACAUCACGGGAAACCUCAGCCAGAAGCAGUGCACCACUUUAUUCUCUCAUAUGAACUCAACACAUACAGACAGAUACUUCUUCAGAAUCGACGGCAGCUCAUUCAGGACAACAGCUGUUUGCGAUCCUCUUCAAAUCACAGUUAUAGGUAUAAAUUUUAAAUUCACUCUAUCUUGUUUUUGUUUUUCUUUUUGCCCUAUUUUCACAAUGACUGUCACUUUGAUUCAAAACUGAUCUUGACUUUGUUUUGAUUCACAGAUUCUCCCCCGAACCCCACAAUAGAAAUCUCAGAAAAUCAGACGGAGGCGGAGUCUGUCACUGUAACCUGCUCAGCUUUCACCCCCUGUCCACACCUCCCUCCUAAACUCACCUGGAAUCUCCUGAAAGACUCUCACAACAGCAUGGUGAAGAACGCUGACGGCACCUUUACAACUCACAUCCAGGAGAACAUCACUCUGAUGGACAAACAUGAUGGAUUCAACAUCACCUGUUCAGCCACAUAUCCUGUAAAUGGAGGAACAGAUUUCAAGACAGCAGAGGAGACGAGGACUCUCAGAGUUUCAUGUAAGACCCACUUCCAUUUGGUUGAUAUGAGGAAAAAACUCCCAUAGUUUUCCACACUCAAAGAUCUCUCCAUCUGUCAAAUCUUCUAGACUCCCCCAGGAACACCUCAGUCAUCGUCUCUCCCUCUGAUCCAGUGUCAGAUGGCAGCAUGGUCAACCUGACUUGCUCUUGCAGAACAAACCCUCUAUCUGUCCACUUUCUUUGGUUCAUGAUCAGCAAUGGCAGACUGGAACCACUCCAAGUGGAUGCACAUGUUUAUGUCCUCAAGGUGACCGACAGAGAUCGGGGAAGGUUGUUCUUCUGUGGAUGUAGAAAUGAUCUCGGCAUUCAGAUGUCAACAGGAGUCCAGCUGACAUUUGAAGGUGAGCGAAAAUGACAGUUUCUGAUGUUUCAAAGUCUGAAUAUCUCAGUCUGAAUACCGUGCUGCCGUGUUACAGGUGAUCAGCUGUCUGAACCUGUCAGUGCUGCAGCUGUUUUGAAGAUUGUGGGAAUCGUGUUGCUCGUCAGUGCCCUGAUCAUCUUUGAGUGGUGAGAGGAGUGCUGGUCUAAUUAAAAUGUGGUUGAGUGAGAAAAAUGUUUGAGACUUUUAUUAUCAUGCAGCAUGACAACAACAAAGCUCUCAUCUAUUUUCUCUCAGUUGGUUUCGCUCAAGAGGCUCGAUCAAACCCGGAGGAGAGAUAAAGGUACUGUAUGUGAUUUCUGCCUGGUUUAAAGUCAGCCUCUUUACUGACCCCACUUUCUUUUGAUUCAUUUCUACAGAACUCAGUGGAAGCAGUCUAUGUCAACACGGUGGCUGAGGGAGCAUUGUCACGGGCACAAGCUGCAUCAGCAAAACCAGUCUGACAAAUGUAGAUAAAAAUAACAUCUCUUAGAUAUAAUGUACUGUAAAUGUGAAUAAAAAAGGCAGGUCAUGUGUCCCUGAAUAGCUCUUUAUAGCCAACAUGGCAUCCACUUCCUAUUACAGCUACUUUAAUGACCCCGGAUUAGACCCUCCUCAGAGUCAGUAGCUGAGCCAGUCUACUAAUUUUUUUGUCUGUGAUGUUUUUUAUCUUUAAAUAUUUCUUCUAGUUUGUUUGUGUGUGUGCUACAUUUUUAUUUUUGUGUUUUUUCUUACAAGCUGAUAAAAAAAUGAACAAUUUUCUUGCUGUUGUGAAAACCACAAAUAUAAUGUUACAAAGUAAAGUGUGCAAAGAUAAAGCCUGGAUCAGCUUCUGAGAUGUUUCUUCAUAGUUUCCAUAAGUUUACACUUCAGUGCUGAUGCUGCUGUCAGUUUUGCUAAUGCUUCUCUAAUGAAUAAAGUGAUUAAAGUCUGGCCUUCUUCUCAUCUAGAGAGUUCAUAUUAUCACAUUAUUAUCACAUUUUUAUAGCAUAUUGCUUUUCAUAAUUCAAUGUCAAACUUUAAAUGCCACUGUGAAGGUCCCCUCAGUGUUUCAGUGUCAGUAGAAACAAUCAGAAAACUUUCUGAUACGACUAAAGUUUGGCGCCCAGUCACUCAUCUAUUACACAGUGGGCUGGGUUUAAUUUUGAUCUGAGCCUUUUACUGGUUUCACCUCCCUCUCUCUCUGCUCAUCUAAACUGCUUAUAAAAACUGUCACUUCCCCGUAAAAUUGCCAAAUGUUUAUCAAAAGGCAGGAUAAAACAAAGGUGACUUCCUCAUUCGUGGGAUGCCUGACUGAAGACUUUGUGUAAUUCAGUGGCACCACAGGAAGAUAACCGGUCAGUCUUGGUUCUGCUUUAGUUUACUUACAGGCUGAUUUAAAAGUAUUUUUUCUUGGAUCAAGCGUCCUGCAGCUUGUUUGGUAAGUUCAACAGUUUAUGAAGAAUACCAGAAAAAAAAACAACUAGAGACAGCCUGUUUUUUAAAUCCAGGUGAUGAGUCUGAUUGCAGUUUGGUCAGUGAAAGUGGCGACAGCCAACAUGUUGAUGCUUCUUCUCUUUGUGUCAGGUGAGCUGUUCUUUCAGUCACUUCACUCUGAAGCUUUUCAUUUAUUUUAUUGUGCUGUGCUUUUAUUUUGAAACACUUAAUGUCACUCAUGAGUGUGGUUUGCAGGUGUUUUGACCGACUGUCCGUACCGACAUGCACACCUCUUCAUCAACUCACCGCAGAGGAUGGAAGGACUGGUUGGAUCUUGUUUGCAAAUCCCAUGUGACUUUACAACAAGUGGAUAUUUAAAGUUUGACAACAAAAAAGAAGUAUUUGGUUUGUGGUACAAAGAAGAACAAGAGACCACUAGACCAAGAAAUGUUGUUUUUAGCAGUAAAAACACAGUUCAGAGAUAUCUGAUCAGUAUAAUUGGAGACCUGUCAGAGAAAAACUGCACCACUCUGUUCUCCAGUUUAACCAAUUUAACGGCAUUAUUUCCUGGAGUGUACUACUUCAGAGUAGAGAACUGGCAGUACAAGGCAAUAGCCUUUUGUGAUCCUCUUCAUAUAACAGUAACAGGUAAGAUAACUUUGUUUUCUUUCACUCAGGCUCUAAUAUUAUCACUGUGAAGAAAAAUAGUCAAAGCUUUCGUCUGAGCAGCACCUCAUUAUAUUUAACUGUAAGGGCUGAAUGCUUGUUAUUCACUGAUUCUCAUAUAUUCAUACUAAAAAUACUGAACAGUACAACCUUGACAGUAGAUGAACAAAGAGGUGUUGUGUUGUGUUGUGUUGUGUUGUGUUGUGUUGUGUUGUGUUGUGUUGUGUUGUGUUGUGUCAGCUUUUGAGUUCCUCAAAUUUCUGGGUGUGAAAUCUGUUCAAAAAAAAAUCUUGAUCCAUAGAUUCUCCUCAGAGUCCCACAAUAAACAUCCCAGGCAAUCUGACAGAGGCGGAGUCUGUCACUGUAACCUGCUCAGCUCUUACUCCAUGUCCACACCUCCCUCCUAAACUCACCUGGAAUCUCCUGAAAGACUCUCACAACAGCAUGGUGAAGAACGCUGACGGCACCUUUACAACUCACAUCCAGGAGAUCAUCACUUUGACGGACAAACAUGAUGGAUUCAACAUCACCUGUUCAGCCACAUAUCCUGUAAAUGGAGGAACAGAUUUCAAGACAGCAGAGGAGACCAGGACCCUCAGUGUUUCAUGUAAGACCCACUUCCAUUUGGUUGAUAUGAGGAAAAAACUCCCAUAGUUUUCCACACUCAAAGAUCUCUCCAUCUGUCAAAUCUUCCAGACUCCCCCAGGAACACCUCAGUCAUCGUCUCUCCCUCUGAUCCAGUGUCAGAUGGCAGCACGGUCAACCUGACUUGCUCUUGCAGAAGAAACCCUCCAGUUGUCCACUUUCUUUGGUUCAUGAUCAGCAAUGGCAGACUGGAACUACUCCAAGUGGAUGCACAUGUUUAUGUCCUCAAGGUGACCGACAGAGAUCGGGGAAGGUUGUUCUUCUGUGGAUGUAGAAAUGAUCUCGGCAUUCAGAUGUCAACAGGAGUCCAGCUGGUAUUUGAAGGUGAGAAAAUGACAGUUUCUGAUGUUUCAAAGUCUGAAUAUCUAAGUCUGAAUACCGUGCUGCCGUGUUACAGGUGAUCAGCUGUCUGAACCUGUCAGUGCUGCAGCUGUUUUGAAGAUUGUGGGAAUCGUGUUGCUCGUCAGUGCCCUGAUCAUCUUUGAGUGGUGAGAGGAGCGCUGGUCUAAUUAAAAUGUGGUUGAGUGAGAAAAAUGUUUGAGACUUUUAUUAUCAUGCAGCAUGACAACAACAAAGCUCUCAUCUAUUUUCUUUCAGUUGGUUUCGCUCAAGAGGCUCGAUCAAACCCAGAGGAGAGAUAAAGGUACUGUAUGUGAUUUCUGCCUGGUUUAAAGUCAGCCUCUUUACUGACCCCACUUUCUUUUGAUUCAUUUCUACAGAACUCAGUGGAAGCAGUCUAUGUCAACACGGUGGCUGAGAGAGCAUUGUCACGGGCACAAGCUGCAUCAGCAAAACCAGUCUGACAAAUGUAGAUAAAAAUAACAUCUCUUAGAUAUAAUGUACUGUAAAUGUGAAUAAAAAAGGCAGGUCAUGUGUCCCUGAACAGCUUUUUAUAGCCAACAUGGCAUCCACUUCCUAUUACAGCUACUUUAAUGACCCCGGAUUAGACCCUCCUCAGAGUCAGUAGCUGAGCCAGUCUACUUAUAUUUUUGUCUGUGAUGUUUUUUAUCUUUAAAUAUUUCUUCUAGUUUGUUUGUGUGUGUGCUACAUUUUUAUUUUUGUGUUUUUUCUUACAAGCUGAUAAAAAAUGAACAAUGUUCUUGCUGUUGUGAAAACCACAAAUAUAAUGUUACAAAGUAAAGUGUGCAAAGAUCAAGCCUGGAUCAGCUUCUGAGAUGUUUCUUCAUAGAUACCAUAAGUUUACACUUCAGUGCUGAUGCUGCUGUGAGUUUUGCUAAUGCUUCUCUAAUGAAUAAAGUGAUUAAAGUCUGGCCUUCUUCUCAUCUAGAGAGUUCAUAUUAUCACAUUAUUAUCACAUUUUUAUAGCAUAUCGCUUUUCAUAAUUCAAUGUCACACUUUAAAUGCCACUGUGAAGGUCCCCUCGGUGUUUCAGUGUCAGUAGAAACAAUCAGAAAACUUUCUGAUACGACUAAAGUUUGGAGCCCAGUCACUCAUCUAUUACACAGUGGACUGGGUUUAAUUUUGAUCUGAGCCUUUUACUGGUUUCACCUCCCUCUCUCUCUGCUCGUCUAAACUGCUUAUAAAAACUGUCACUUCCCCAAAAAAUCGCCAAAUGUUAAUCAAAAGGCAGGAUAAAACAAAGGUGACUUCCUUGUUCGCAGGUUACAAGCACACAGGCUGGAGACUUUGUGUAAUUCAGUAGCACCACAGGAAGAUAACCGGUCAGUCUUGGUUCUGCUUUAGUUUACUUACAGGCUGAUUUAAAAGUAUUUUUUCUUGGAUCAAGCGUCCUGCAGUUUGUUUGGAAAGUUCAACAGUUUAUGAGGAAUACCAGAAAAAAACACAACUAGAGACAGCCUGUUUUUUAAAUCCAGGUGAUGAGUCUGAUUGCAGUUUGGUCAGUGAAAGUGGCGACAGCCAACAUGUUGAUGCUUCUUCUCUUUGUGUCAGGUGAGCUUUUCUUUCAGUCACUUCAUUCUGAAGCUUUUCAUUUAUUUUAUUGUGCUGUGCUUUUAUUUUGAAACACUUAAUGUCACUCAUGAGUGUGGUUUGCAGGUGUUUUGACUGACUGUCAGUACCAAGAUACACACCUCUUCAUCAACUCACCGCAGAGGAUGGAAGGACUGGUUGGAUCUUGUUUGCAAAUCCCAUGUGACUUUACAACAAGUGGAACUGCUAAGUUUGACAACAGAAACGUAGUAUUUGGUUUGUGGUACAAAGAAGCACGAGAGACCACUAUAACAAGUAAUGUUGUUUUUAGUAGUAAAAACAAAGUUCAGAAAUAUCCGAUCAGUAUAAUUGGAGACCUGUCAGAGAAAAACUGCACCACUCUGUUCUCCAAUUUAACCAAUUUAACCAAUUUAACAGCAUUAUUUCCUGGAGUGUACUACUUCAGAAUCGAGAACUGGCCGUACAGGGCAACAGCCAUAUGUGAUCCUCUUCAUAUAACAGUAACAGGUAAGAUAACUUUGUUUUCUUUCACUCAGGCUCUAAUAUUAUCACUGUGAAGAAAAACAGUUAAAGCUUUGGUCUGAGCAGCACCUCAUUAUGUUUAACUGUAAGGGCUGAAUGCUUGUUAUUCACUGAUUCUCAUAUAUUCAUACAACAAAUACUGAACAGUACAACCUUAACAGUAGAUGAACAAAGAGGUGUUGUGUUGUGUCAGCUUUUGAGUUCCUCAAAUUUCUGGGUGUGAAAUCUGUUAAAAAAAAAAUCUUGAUCCACAGAUUCUCCUCCGAGUCCCACAAUAAACAUCCCAGGCAAUCUGACAGAGGCGGAGUCUGUCACUGUAACCUGCUCAGCUCUUACGCCAUGUCCAGACCUCCCUCCUAAACUCACCUGGAAUCUCCUGAAAGACUCUCGCAACAGCAUGGUGAAGAACGCUGACGGCACCUUUACAACUCACAUCCAGGAGAUCAUCACUCUGACGGACAAACAUGAUGGAUUCAACAUCACCUGUUCAGCCACAUAUCCUGUAAAUGGAGGAACAGAUUUCAAGACAGCAGAUGAGACGAGGACCCUCAGUGUUUCAUGUAAGACCCACUUCCAUUUGGUUGAUAUAAGAGGAAAAAACUCUCAUUGUUUUCCACACUCAAAGAUCUCUCCAUCUGUCAAAUCUUCCAGACUCUCCCUCUGUCAUCGUCUCUCCCUCUGAUCCAGUGUCAGAUGGCAGCACAGUCAACCUGACUUGCUCUUGCAGAAGAAACCCUCCAGCGGUCCACUUUCUUUGGUUCAUGAUCAGCAAUGGCAGACUGGAACCACUCCAAGUGGAUGCACAUGUUUAUGUCCUCAAGGUGACCGACAGAGAUCGGGGAAGGUUGUUCUUCUGUGGAUGUAGAAAUGAUCUCAGCAUUCAGAUGUCAACAGGAGUCCAGCUGACAUUUGAAGGUGAGAGAAAAUGACAGUUUCUGAUGUUUCAAAGUCUGAAUAUCUAAGUCUGAAUACCGUGCUGCCGUGUUACAGGUGAUCAGCUGUCUGAACCUGUCAGUGCUGCAGCUGUUUUGAAGAUUGUGGGAAUCGUGUUGCUCGUCAGUGCCCUGAUCAUCUUUGAGUGGUGAGAGGAGUGCUGGUCUAAUUAAAAUGUGGUUGAGUGAGAAAAAUGUUUGAGACUUUUAUUAUCAUGCAGCAUGACAACAACAAAGCUCUCAUCUAUUUUCUUUCAGUUGGUUUCGCUCAAGAGGCUCGAUCAAACCCAGAGGAGAGAUAAAGGUACUGUAUGUGAUUUCUGCCUGGUUUAAAGUCAGCCUCUUUACUGACCCCACUUUCUUUUGAUUCAUUUCUACAGAACUCAGUGGAAGCAGUCUAUGUCAACACGGUGGCUGAGGGAGCAUUGUCACGGGCACAAGCUGCAUCAGCAAAACCAGUCUGACAAAUGCAGAUAAAAAUAACAUCUCUAAGAUAUAAUGUACUGUAAAUGUGAAUAAAAAAGGCAGGUCAUGUGUCCCUUAACAGCUUUUUAUAGCCAACAUGGCAUCCACUUCUUAUUACAGCUACUUUAAUGACCCCGGAUUAGACCCUCCUCAGAGUCAGUAGCUGAGCCAGUCUACUUAUAUUUUUGUCUGUGAUGUUUUUUAUCUUUAAAUAUUUCUUCUAGUUUGUUUGUGUGUGUGCUACAUUUUUAUUUUUGUGUUUUUUCUUACAAGCUGAUAAAAAAAUGAAAAUUUUUCUUGCUGUUGUGAAAACCACAAAUAUAAUGUUACAAAGUAAAGUGUGCAAAGAUAAAGCCUGGAUCAGCUUCUGAGAUGUUUCUUCAUAGUUUCCAUAAGUUUACACUUCAGUGCUGAUGCUGAUGUCAGUUUUGCUAAUGCUUCUCUAAUGAAUAAAGUGAUUAAAGUCUGGCCUUCUUCUCAUCUAGAGAGUUCAUAUUAUCACAUUAUUAUCACAUUUUUAUAGCAUAUUGCUUUUCAUAAUUCAAUGUCAAACUUUAAAUGCCACUGUGAAGGUCCCCUCAGUGUUUCAGUGUCAGUAGAAACAAUCAGAAAACUUUCUGAUACGACUAAAGUUUGGAGCCCAGUCACUCAUCUAUUACACAGUGGACUGGGUUUAAUUUUGAUCUGAGCCUUUUACUGGUUUCACCUCCCUCUCUCUCUGCUCGUCUAAACUGCUUAUAAAAACUGUCACUUCCCCAAAAAAUUGGCCAAAUGUUCAUCAAAAGGCAGGAUAUAACAAAGGUGACUUCCUUUUUCGCAGGGUACAAGCACACAGGCUGGAGACUUUGUGUAAUUCAGUGGCACCACAGGAAGAUAACCGGUCAGUCUUGGUUCUGCUUUAGUUUACUUACAGGCUGAUUUAAAAGUCUUUUUUUUCUUGGAUCAAGCGUCCUGCGGCUUGUUUGGUAAGUUCAACAGUUUAUGAGGAAUACCAGAAAAAAACACAACUAGAGACAGCCUGUUUUUUAAAUCCAGGUGAUGAGUCUGAUUGCAGUUUGGUCAGUGAAAGUGGCGACAGCCAACAUGUUGAUGCUUCUUCUCUUUGUGUCAGGUGAGCUGUUUGUUCAGUCACUUCACUCUGAAGCUUUUCAUUUAUUUUAUUGUGCUGUGCUUUUAUUUUGAAACACUUAAUGUCACUCAUGAGUGUGGUUUGCAGGUGUUUUGACCGACUGUCAGUACCAAGAUACACACCUCUUCACCAACUCACCGCAGAGGAUGGAAGGACUGGUUGGAUCUUGUUUGCAAAUCCCAUGUGACUUUACAACAAGUGGAACUGCUGAGUUUGACAACAGAAAAGAAGUUUUUGGUUUGUGGUUCAAAGAAGAACGAGAGACCACUAGACCAAGAAAUGUUGUUUUUAGCAGUAAAAACACAGUUCAGAGAUAUCCGAUCAGUAUAAUUGGAGACCUGUCAGAGAAAAACUGCACCACUCUGUUCUCCAGUUUAACCAAUUUAACAGCAUUAUUUCCUGGAGUGUACUACUUCAGAAUCGAGAACUGGCCGUACAGGGCAACAGCCUUUUGUGAUCCUCUUCAUAUGACAGUAACAGGUAAGAUAACUUUGUUUUCUUUCACUCAGGCUCUAAAAUUAUCACUGUGAAGAAAAACAGUUAAAGCUUUGGUCUGAGCAGCACCUCAUUAUAUUCAUACAACAAAUACUGAACAGUACAACCUUAACAGUAGAUGAACAAAGAGGUGUUGUGUUGUGUCAGCUUUUGAGUUCCUCAAAUUUCUGGGUGUGAAAUCUGUUGAAAAAAAAAAUCUUGAUCCACAGAUUCUCCUCAGAGUCCCACAAUAAACAUCCAAGGCAAUCUGACAGAGGCGGAGUCUGUCACUGUAACCUGCUCAGCUCUUACUCCAUGUCCGCAACUCCCUCCUAAACUCACCUGGAAUCUCCUGAAAGACUCUCACAACAGCAUGGUGAAGAACGCUGACGGCACCUUUACAACUCACAUCCAGGAAAACAUCACUCUGACGGACAAACAUGAUGGAUUCAACAUCACCUGUUCAGUCGCAUAUCCUGUAAAUGGAGGAACAGAUUUCAAGACAGCAGAGGAGACCAGGACCCUCAGUGUUUCAUGUAAGACCCACUUCCAUUUGGUUGAUGUUAGAGGAAAAAACUCUCAUUGUUUUCCACACUCAAAGAUCUCUCCAUCUGUCAAAUCUUCCAGACUCCCCCAGGAACACCUCAGUCAUCGUCUCUCCCUCUGAUCCAGUGUCAGAUGGCAGCACAGUCAACCUGACUUGCUCUUGCAGAAGAAACCCUCCAGCUGUCCACUUUCUUUGGUUCAUGAUCAGCAAUGGCAGACUGGAACCACUCCAAGUGGAUGCACAGGUUUAUGUCCUCAAGGUGACCGACAGAGAUCGGGGAAGGUUGUUCUUCUGUGGAUGUAGAAAUGAUCUCGGCAUUCAGAUGUCAACAGGAGUCCAGCUGGUAUUUGAAGGUGAGAGAAAAUGACAGUUUCUGAUGUUUCAAAGUCUGAAUAUCUAAGUCUGAAUACCGUGCUGCCGUGUUACAGGUGAUCAGCUGUCUGAACCUGUCAGUGCUGCAGCUGUUUUGAAGAUUGUGGGAAUCGUGUUGCUCAUCAGUGCCCUGAUCAUCUUUGAGUGGUGAGAGGAGCGCUGGUCUAAUUAAAAUGUGGUUGAGUUAGAAAAAUGUUUGAGACUUUUAUUAUCAUGCAGCAUGACAACAACAAAGCUCUCAUCUAUUUUCUUUCAGUUGGUUUCGCUCAAGAGGCUCGAUCAAACCCAGAGGAGAGAUAAAGGUACUGCAUGUGAUUUCUGCCUGGUUUAAAGUCAGCCUCUUUACUGACCCCACUUUCUUUUGAUUCAUUUCUACAGAACUCAGUGGAAGCAGUCUAUGUCAACACGGUGGCUGAGAGAGCAUUGUCACGGGCACAAGCUGCAUCAGCAAAACCAGUCUGACAAAUGCAGAUUAAAAUAACAUCUCUUAGAUAUAAUGUACUGUAAAUGUGAAUAAAAAAGGCAGGUCAUGUGUCCCUGAACAGCUCUUUAUAGCCAACAUGGCAUCCACUUCCUAUUACAGCUACUUUAAUGACCCCGGAUUAGACCCUCCUCAGAGUCAGUAGCUGAGCCAGUCUACUUAUAUUUUUGUCUGUGAUGUUUUUUAUCUUUAAAUAUUUCUUCUAGUUUGUUUGUGUGUGUGCUACAUUUUUAUUUUUGUGUUUUUUCUUACAAGCUGAUAAAAAAAUGAACAUUUUUCUUGCUGUUGUGAAAACCACAAAUAUAAUGUUACAAAGUAAAGUGUUCAAAGAUAAAGCCUGGAUCAGCUUCUGAGAUGUUUCUUCAUAGUUUCCAUAAGUUUACACUUCAGUGCUGAUGCUGCUGUCAGUUUUGCUAAUGCUUGUCUAGUGAAUAAAGUGAUUAAAGUCUGGCCUUCUUCUCAUCUAGAGAGUUCAUAUUAUCACAUUAUUAUCACAUUUUUAUAGCAUAUUGCUUUUCAUAAUUCAAUGUCACACUUUAAAUGCCACUGUGAAGGUCCCCUCGGUGUUUCAGUGUCAGUAGAAACAAUCAGAAAACUUUCUGAUACGACUAAAGUUUGGAGCCCAGUCACUCAUUUAUUACACAGUGGGCUGGGUUUAAUUUUGAUCUGAGCCUUUUACUGGUUUCACCUCCCUCUCUCUCUGCUCGUCUAAACUGCCUUUAAAAACUGUCACUUCCCCAAAAAACUGUCCGUACAGGGCAACAGCCAUAUGUGAUCUUCUUCAUAUAACAGUAACAGGUAAGAUAACUUUGUUUUUUUUUCACUCAGGCUCUAAUAUUAUCACUGUGAAGAAAAACAGUUAAAGCUUUGGUCUGAGCAGCACCUCAUUAUAUUUAACUGUUAGGGCUGAAUGCUUGUUAUUCACUGAUUCUCAUAUAUUCAUACUAAAAAUACUGAACAGUACAACCUUAACAGUAGAUGAACAAAGAGGUGUUGUGUUGUGUUGUGUUGUGUUGUGUUGUGUUGUGUUGUGUUGUGUUGUGUUGUGUUGUGUUGUGUUGUGUCAGCUUUUGCACUGACCUCUUAAUUUCAGUCCAGUUGUUACUUGAAGGUGAGAAAAAAAUGACAGUUUCUGAUGUUGGCGAGAGCUGAGGGUUACCAUGUUCACCACAGGGGGGCGCCAAAAUCAGCAGAGAAAAACUUUGUCACAGGAGCCAGCAACAACUAUCAUCUUGUAGAGCAGCCUAAAUGAGUGCAAGAUGCAAAAACAGUCCAUCUUCAGCUCAACGUCUCACUUUAAAUUUAAAAAGGAGUAUAAACAAAUUACUUGGUCGACCUGGGAGGCUUUUAUUGGAGAACUUAAAAAGUUAAGAUGUGCAUCAGGAGGUUUUUUUUAUACACAUGAAGUUCAAACAUAAGUGACAUCCCUCUUUUUAGAGAUUAGAAACCAAAUCAUGUCAAGCUAGGUAUUGUGAUUUUUUCCAACAACCUGCAUGCAAACCUCAUUUGAUAGCCACAUUAAGGACAAUAAAAAACAAAAUUAAAGAAGCAUGCUGUAAAAUAUUUACAGAGAAAACUCACUGAAUGUGGUGAUCGGUUAGAUUUUAAAAAAGCAUUAUAAUUUAGAUCUUAUGUUGAACAAACAAAUUUAAUAAAUAACAGUGCAAUGUAAAAAAUCUAACUGAUUCAAAAACACUCCUGCGUUCUGUUGUGUAUUUGUUAGUGAGUGUAAUGCUGUAUGAAUUAGUAACUGGCAGACUUACAGAUAGGCUUAGUCUUGCAACAGAGGAAGCCAGCGUGCCUUGAAAUGAGAAUUUUGCAUAAGAUACAAAAAGGAAGUCAAAUGCCAUGUCUUCUGCUUUAGAAGUAAUUACUGCCUUUUUUAGUAUUUCCCCCAUCAUCUGUAUAAAGCUGAAAGGACUCUCUCUGGCCUCUGCUAAUCUGGUGAGUCUUUUUCUUCUUUUGCUUUGCUUGUUGCCCGAAAUUGUUUUACUCUGAUAUAUAUAUAUAUAUAUAUAUAUAUAUAUAUAUAUAUAUAUAUAUAUAUAUAUAUAUGAACAAGAACUUGAUCUAAACUUUGAAGGGGGACAUUGUUCAGCAACUUCCUACAGCUCAACCAGGACAAACCUGAGGUCAUAAUUAGGCUAAGUCUUGCAACAGAGGAAGCCAGCAUGCUUUAAAAUUUUAAUUUUGCAAAGAUACAAAAAGGAAGUCAGAUGCCAUAUCUUCUGCUUUAGAAGUAAUUACUGCCUUUUUUAGUAUUUCCCCCCAUCAUCUGUAGAAAGCUGAAAGGACUCUUUCUGGCCUCUGCUAAUCUGGUGAGGCUUUUACUUAUUUUGCUUUGCUUGUUGCCCAAAAUUGUUUUACUCUGAUAUAUAUAUAUAUAUAUAUAUAUAUAUAUAUAUAUAUAUAUAUAUAUAUAUAUAUAUAUAUGAACAAGAACUUGAUCUAAACUUUGAAGGGGAAUACUGAUCAGCAAAACUCAUAAAGAGGUAGCCGUAGCUGUAUUUUGCUCUAGAAACUGCAGGAACUUAUGGGUUAUAACAGAAGGGGGCAGAGACUUCUAGAAUGAUGUGUGUUAUUGUUCUGAUUACACCAAAUAUAUCCUUAAUAUUGAAUUCUUAUUCUUCUAAUAUAACACUGAACAUAAUCUAGACCAGUUCCUUUUGAUUGGUGUCUUGAGAAAACUAUUUUCAUGAAUUGCAAUAAGCAAAUACAAAUUGGUUUACAACCAGUUUUGGGCUACUGUAAGCUGCCCUGUGUAGAUUUAGGAGAUACAUGAUACGUGUUGCUGGUGUAAAUAAGUUAUAUGAGCUAUUAAUGCCUAAAGAUUCAUAGCAUUAAAUGUGGUGUACCCCAAGGCUCAAUUUUAGGCCCCAUACUAUUUAAUAUAUGUAUGCUCCCACUGGGAGAUGUCAUCAGGAGGCAUGGUAUCACUUUUCACAGCUAUGCUGAUGAUACACAGCUCUACAUAUCCAUGUCUCCCGAUGACACAGGGCCAAUUGAUGCCCUUUUUAGCUGUAUCCAAGACAUUAAAUCCUGGAUGGCAGAAAACCUCCUACAGCUCAACCAGGAAAAAACUUCUUAAUUAUCGAUCCUAAGGCUAAGGGAGAGAAACUUUUAUCAAAACUGAAAACCCUGUCAUUAAUUCCAUCAAAUCAAGUAAAGAAUCUGGGCGUCAUCUUUGACUCUGAGCUGACUUUUAUUCCUCAUAUUAAAAAUAUAACAAAAACAGGGUUUUAUCAUUUAAAGAAUAUAGCCAGAGUCCGCCCCUUUCUCUCCCGGGCUAACACAGAGACGCUAAUGCAUGCUUUUAUCUCCAGUCGUCUUGACUAUUGUAACGCCCUGCUUUCUGGUCUUCCAAAAAGAAACAUUUAAAGUCUCCAACUGUUACAAAACUCAGCAGCAGGUGUGCUGACAAGGACCAGAAGGCGGGCACACAUUACACCGGUUUUAAAAUCACUGCAUUAGCUCCCUGUGUGCUUUAGGAUUGAUUUUAAGGUCCUUUUAAUGGUUUUUAAAUUUCUUUGGGGUCUUGGACCUUCCUAUCUUUCAGAAUUGCUUUUACAAUAUGAACCCUCAUGGACCCUGAGAUCCUCUGGCACUGGCCUUUUAAUAGUCCCCAAAGUGAGAACACGAACUUACGGUGAGGAAUCUUUUCAGCACUAUGGCCCCUGUCUUUGGAAUAGUCUGCCGGAGGACCUUAGGGCCGCAGAGAAUGUUCCUAUUUUUAAAAGCAGGCUCAAGACCCACCUAUUUAAUUUGGCUUUUAACUAAUGUCUUACUUUUUAUCAAUAUUUUUAUCCUAUUUUUAUCUUAUCUUAGUUCAUUUAUAUAUUUUAGUCCUCAUUUUACAUUAUGUUUAUUCUAUUUAUUUACUUAUUUUUAAACAGUAUUUUAGCUAUUUAUCAGUAUUUUUUAACUUUAUCUAGUUUGAUGUUUUUAGAUGAUUUAGUUCAUGUUUCUGUUGCCUCUCUCCAGUGUUUACUCAGUAGGGGGGCCACCUGCACUCGAGGCUGUGACUGGCUCUGUCUAGGGUUUCUCUGCCUCGUGGUGUGCGCUCAGCUCGGCCAGGUGGUGGUCUGCAGCAGUGCUUGCUGCUGUGGGCCCCUUACUGGCCUGUCAUGAGGUGCGAACCCGGGUGGAGGUGUCCCAGCAGCAGCCUCCAGCGUAGUCGGCCUCCUAACGUUUCCUGACCUGGCUCCUCUGUACUCACACGCUUUUAAGAUUGCGUUAUGUGUAUGUGUGUGUGUGUGUGUGUGUGUGUGUGUGUGUGUGUGUGUGUGUGUGUGUGUGUGUGUGUGUGUGUGAAUGUGUGUGUGUGUGUGUGUGUGUGUGUGUGUGUGUGCACUGAAAAGUCCUGAAAAGUGCUUUAUAAAUAAAGUUUGAUUUGAUUUGAUUUAUAUACCUGCAUUAUGAUGUGUACAAUUCAGGUGAUUCAGGUCCAAUCUCUGAGGAUGUUGACCACCAACUUGAUACUGAGUAUCUUCUUUCUUACAGGUGAGUUCUGAGUUCAGUCUAUGACACAUCACUCUAUGAUCAAUGACACUUUGAACUAAUCAUGGUUCUGGUUUUUCAGGUGCUGUGACUGGUUGUGGUUUAAAAUCAGACCUCUUCAUAACUACACCAAAGAAUAUGGAAGCGCUGAGUGGAUCUUGUUUGCAAAUCCCGUGUAACUUUCGUGCUAAACAAGAGCAUGACUUUGACAGGGGAAAAAACUUUGGGGUGUGGAUCAAAACCGACCCCUUUUUUGGCGAAAGACCAGAAAAUGUGGUUUUCAACAGUAGUGGGACAGUCCAAACCUAUCCGAUGAACAUCACCGGAAACCUCAGCCAGAAACAGUGCACCACUUUAUUCUCUCGUAUGAACUCAAUACAUACAGACAGAUACUACUUCAGAAUCCACAGCAGCUCAUUGUUGGCAACGGCUUUUUGUGAUCCUCUUCAAAUAAGAGUUAUAGGUAAGAGACUUCAUCUUAAACAUGUAUUGACAGAGCUGUUUAAAAAACUUAUGUUCAUCAAAUGAUGACUGUCUGUACUUUAAAUGACAGACACCCCUCCACCACCGAGCAUGGAGAUCCAAGGUAAUUUACAGGAAGAGGAAUCUGUCACUGUAAUCUGCUCAGCUUUCACCCCCUGUCCACAAUCCCCUCCCAAACUCACCCUGAGUCUCCUCCAAGACUCUUACAAUACCGGGAGAAACACGGUGAAAAACGCUGAUGGAACCUUUACAGCUCAAAUCUGGACGAGCGUCACUCUGACGGAGAAACAUGAUGGAUACAGCAUCACCUGUUCAGCAGCCUAUCCUGUGAACGAAGGAAAAGAUGUCAAGACAGUGAAUAAGACGAGGACGCUCAGAGUUUCACGUAAGACCAACUUUCAUUUGGUUGAUAUGAGGAAAAAACUCCCAUAGUUUUCCACACUCAAAGAUCUCUCCAUCUGUCAAAUCUUCCAGACUCUCCCUCAGUCAUCGUCUUUCCCUCUGAUCCAGUGUCAGAUGGCAGCAUGGUCAACCUGACUUGCUCUUGCAGAACAAACCCUCCAGUUGUCCACUUUCUUUGGUUCAUGUUCAGCAAUGGCAGACUGGAACUACUCCAAGUGGAUGCACAGGUUUAUGUCCUCGAGGUGACCGACAGAGAUCGGGGAAGGUUGUUCUUCUGUGGAUGUAGAAAUGAUCUCGGCAUUCAGAUGUCAACAGGAGUCCAGCUGACAUUUGAAGGUGAGAGAAAAUGACAGUUUCUGAUGUUUCAAAGUCUGAAUAUCUAAGUCUGAAUACCGUGCUGCUGUGUUACAGGUGAUCAGCUGUCUGAACCUGUCAGUGCUGCAGCUGUUUUGAAGAUUGUGGGAAUCGUGUUGCUCGUCAGUGCCCUGAUCAUCUUUGAGUGGUGAGAGGAGUGCUGGUCUAAUUAAAAUGUGGUUGAGUGAGAAAAAUGUUUGAGACUUUUAUUAUCAUGCAGCAUGACAACAACAAAGCUCUCAUCUAUUUUCUUUCAGUUGGUUUCGCUCAAGAGGCUCGAUCAAACCCAGAGGAGAGAUAAAGGUACUGCAUGUGAUUUCUGCCUGGUUGAGUGUUUGGAGUAUGUCAGUAUAUAUCCAGUGUGUUCAUGUUAAAGGACCAGUGCAUGGAAGUGUGGAAACAGCAGACUGUAAUGCAAAGCAGCACAAUACAGCUGUCUUUUUUCAUGUAUAGUAACAUAUCACAUUACAGACAGGCAAAGACACAGUAAACAUUAAUAAGCAUUUACAACUGUUAACAGAUGAGAGAAGAGUAAAUAUUAUACUCACACACAGUGAGCUCAGACCUGAUAGAGCUGUGAGAGGUUGAAGUUUGUCAUUGGUGCAACUAUAGAUGCAUAUUAUCCCUUAUAGUUUAAAAUAGAGGACAAAAGAAAAAGUACUCCCUGUGUAAUACAACUUUUGCCCACCUGGGGGCAGCUCUCAGCAAAUGUUCAAAAUAAUUUAUAAAUGUCACUGUGAAAAACAACGACAAAAGUAGACCUCUUUACUGACCCCAUUUUCUUUUUUGAUUCAUGUCUACAGAACUCAGUGGAAGCAGAUUACGUCAACAUGGUGGCUGAGGAGGCAUUGUCACGGACACAAGCUGCAUCAGCAAAACCAGUCUGACAAGUUAAACAUCUCUUAGAUGUACUGUACUCUAUUACUGCUACUUUAAUGACUCUGAUUCUUCUAACUUUAGGUGAUGAAUUAUAACAAUGAUGAGUGUCUUGAGGGGUAUCUUUAUGUUUUAGAGCAAUGAUUAGACCCUCCUCAGAGUUAGUAGCUGAGCAAGUCCACUUAUAUUUUUGCCUUUUUUUUUUUCUUUUAAUCUUAAAUAUUUCUUCUGUUUUUGUUUUUUUUUUGUGUGUGUGCUACAUUUUUAAUUUUGUAUUUUGUCCUUACAAACGUGUAAUGAAUGAAAGAUUUUCUAGCAUAAGUGAGGAACGCUCAGGAUCCUGGUCACCUCUGGACCGGCUGUUAUCAUGUUUGCCUUGUCUUUUCCCCUAAAAUCAGCAUUAAACUUCAACAUUUUCAAAAUUGUUGCACCUGCCUCUUUGUUUUGUUGACAAAUGUAAAUGCCUAUAGCAUGUAUUAUAUUCUCCAAGCUCAAAGUAGAGGGGAUGAGUAAGAAAAAAUCAUCAAAAUCAAAUUUUUGGGAGAUGAAAAUGUUAAACUUGUGGAGAAAUAUGGAAGUCUUUUUUAACAUUUAAUGCAAAAGCGUGUGAAAAUGGGAAUACUCAGCGACAUCUAGCUGCUAGAUUCUUAAUUGAAACACUUGCAGCAGCGGUGGCCUACAAGGACAAUAAGCUCCUCUGAUGCAUGAUAAGUAUGAUCCUCCAUUUUUAAGGAUUUUACCUGCAUAAAUGCCAGUCUCUUGUCAUUUGAUGGCUCCAUUUUGGCCUUCUUCCUUUAAUUCUUUCUCACGUACUUGUACUCCUGUAAUGCUCCACCUAACCUUAUAACAGCUGUGUUUGAUGUAGCUCCAGAGGGGGUGUUCCUAUCAAGCUCUCGGUCAAAACUCCCCAUAGUUUACCUCCCAUCUGUCCGACCAGCUUAUUCUUUAAGGUGGGAGGUCUGCACUCAGAGAUGUAAAGCACAGGGUGUAAAACACUGUCAUCAGGGUUCUAUUGCAAAACACUGCAAGACAUGGCAGCCCUUAAUUUUAUUGUUUUUAGUAUUGAUUUUUUUUUAUUAAAUUAGUCUUUCAUUUUUUUAAUUUUACUAUAAUUACUUAAUAAUUUUUUCCAAUUUUUUAAAAUUGUAUUACCCCUUUGUUAUUAUAUUUUUACUUACUUUUAUCUUACUAUUGUUAUUUAUUAAUUUUAUUAUUUAUUUUAUUUUUCUUUUACUUUACUUUUUAUGUAUUGUUUUUUUAUUUUUAUGUUUUAUGUAUUAUAUAUUGUUUUUUAUUUUUUAUGUGUUAUUUAUUUUGUAUAUUGUCCUCAUUAUUAUUUUUCAUCAAUAUAUUUAUUGAAUUUUAUACAUUUUUAUUGCAAAACAGUGACAAACAAGAGUGCCUUCAGAUACAGACGCUACAAAAAACUCAACAAACUGCCUCUCAGACAAAGUGCCAUAUUCAGGACGAAUGAAUGUUAAAGACUGACAGAAAACAAACAAAUAACUACAAACAUUUCAAAGUUCCCACAGAGGUAAUUUUAAAGAAUCUGUGUCUCUCCCCUUCUUCAAUAUCUGACACAUCUACAUUUUUAACAAAACCAACAAAUGGUCCCCAUAUUUUUGUCAAACAGUUCCUGUUUCCUCUUUGUUAUAAAGGUCACUCUUUCUGAAGUAAGUGUUGCAAUCAUUGGUCAAACCUAGUGUUUGAUAAUUGGUCAAUUCAUAUUUACCCAGAAAAUAGCAAUCGAUCUUCUUGCAAGUAAGAGACACGUGUCUAUUAUCAACCAGUCCAUUUUUAUAAAAACAUGAUGUUUCAGGUAUAAACCCAAAAUAAAAAGCCCUGGAUCCAUAGCAACAGGUUUCAGAAUCAACCUCUUCCCAAAACCUUUUAAUUUGACAGUGUUGCCGAACACAGUGUCCCUUUUUCAUCCAGGUAUAUAUCAUAUUAAUUUACUUUAACUGAUGUGAAAUAUGUUCUCAUUGUCCACUGAAUUGUCUGCUGAAGUAGGGGAGAGUGGGGUAAGUUGAGCCACCCCCUGUUGCUUGAAAAUGGUAAAAGAAAUUGAUCAUGUGACCAAAUAUUUAGGAGAUGGGCAUCAAUUCAUGGAGUCUGUGAAGGUUAGAAGCACAUGGGUGAAGAGGUUAGACAUUUAUUUACAAAAAAAAAAAAAAAAACUUUUUCACGCUUGAAAGUGAAUUUAGUCCCUCUAUGAGCUACAACAUGAGGUCAAAAACCUAACAUCAAACUCCACCAUUUUAACUUAGAGAACUAACAAAGUCAAAAUAGUAGCUCUGGGGUAAGUUGAGCCAGUGAGAAGUCUGAUAAGAGGAUCAGAGUUUCAGUUCAGUUUGUUGAAAUGUUUUACUUUUUCUUUUCAAAAAUACAGCUGUGAAUGUUCUGAAUCACUUAAAGACAUUCUCAUGUUAAAAUGACUUUUUACUAAACAGCUUUUUAGCAGUUAUAUGCAAUAAUAAUUAAAAGAAUUAUUGUACCAGUUGGAUAGUGUAUAAUAGAUAAAAAUGCACAUGAAUGUGAAGAAGUGACUGUUACUUAGGGAGAGAGAAGGUUAGGGAGGGCUGGGUAAGAGGGAUACAGCUCAACUUACCCCACUGGUCAACUUACGAAAUAUGAAAAAAAGACCCAUCUUACCCCACUCUCUCUUAAUCUUUGUCGGGUGUUAAUUGAUAGAGUAUGAACUUUUUCAUAGAUUGUUUUCCAGUCCUCUGCUAUAUAUGUUUCAUCAUUAUCAUUAUUUUUUAAAUGACUUUGUCAAUUUCUAUUUAUUUUGUUUAUGAUUCUACAUUAUCAUUAUUAGCAUUUAUUUCUUCAUUCCUAUCUAUUUAUGUGAUUCAAACAUUUUGUCACAUCGGGCGCCCCUUCCCACAGGAAGUGGUUCUAGCCAGGGUGAUAUUUUAGGACUGAGGAACAUGUGAUUUGCAGCAGCCUUGUGAACAAAAGUCAAAAUGCCCGUUGUAACGCAAUGACUCUUUUUUUUCAGCGAGGUAAGACGGGUUUGUUCUCGUUCUGCUAAAAUUUAUUAACCACUUUACAGGAAUCAGCUCUUAAUCUGACUCCUCUUCUAGACUUUUAUUUUUAGUCAAGAUUUUUUGUUUAUUUUUAGUCUUGCAUCUCAAUGUUGUUAUGAAUGGUUUUCUGUGGCAGGAACUUGAUUUAUUUUAUGUUGUUUUACAGACACUUCAACUUUAGGAAGCUAACAAAACAAAACAAGAGCUAGCAUGACUGAAGCACAAAUCUGUAGACAUGAACCACUUAUUUCUCACAAACUGUGGUGAGCUUUGGUUGUUGAAAGUGCAAGUCAAUGUUUUCUUGUAUUUUCAGUUUGUUGCCUGUGAAAAUGAUGAUAGCCAAGCUGCUUCUGAGUGUCCUCUUUUUUCCCUCUUCAGGUGAAUUAUUUUUAUCUGUCUCUCCAUGACAAUCUAUCUUCACGGUCAUAAUCUGAUAUUUUCCUAACCGUGUUAUUCAUAUGAUAUUACAGGCGCUUCUGCUUCUUGUUCUAAGCAAGCUGACCUUGGAGUCACAGCACCAAAGACGGUGCAAGCACUGAAUGGAUCUUGUUUGCAGAUCCCGUGUAACUUCACCGAAAAAACAUCUCAAAAGUUUGACGGCAUAGGGAAAAUCUCCGGAGUGUGGAUUAAAAAUGAUUCAAGAUUUGCCAUCAAUGCAGAGAAUGUGGUUUUCAACAGCAGCAGGAAAGUUAACAGCUACACCAUGAAUAUCACUGGAAACCUGCGUCAGAAAAACUGCAAUACUCUAUUUUCAAAUGUACUUACAAUUUAUACAAACACAUACUACUUUAGGAUUGAGAGCGUCUCACUCACUGCAACAGCGUCUUGUGAUCCUCUAAGAAUUGAAGUGAAAGGUAAGAGAAUCUUUAAGUCAUUUCAUUUGCUUUUUUUUUUUAAGCUGAAUUUUAACAGUUUUAGCUGCAAAUACAAACACUAGUGGGGGAUAAAUUUCACCGCCAGUAGACAGCAAGAUAAGACUCUUCUCAGAAAGCACUACCCGCACAUUCACAGGAAACGAUCAGCAAAGAUAAAGGAGAUAAGACGCUAAAUUUAUCGACAUUUUGAGAGUCAGUGCUGUUCCAGUCACUCCUUUUAAGGACUCAAUACUUAUGUGUGCAGGUGCAAAUUUACUGAGUCAAAUGUGAUAGAGGCGCUGUUUUCACUUUUAAGUUGUCUUAUGAAACCAAUUCUGUGUCUGUCUCCAAAACACAGAUUCUCCUCCACACCCUGAAAUAAAAAUCUCAGGAGAGCAAAAGGAGGGGGAGUCUGUCACUGUAACCUGCUCAGCUGUCAUCCCCUGUCCACAACACCCUCCUAAACUCACCUGGAGUCUUACAAAAGACUCUCAAAGCAACAUGGUGAAAAACACAGAUGGAACCUUUACAGCUCAAAUCAAGGGGAGCAUCAUUCUGACGGACAAACAUGACGGAUACAACAUCACCUGUUCGGCCACAUAUCCUGUAAAUGGAAGAACAGAUUUCAAGACAGCAGAGGAGACGAGGACUCUCAGUGUUUCAUGUAAGGCAUCAAGAGUUUAGUAUUCAUUUUGGCAUUAUGUAAGCUGGUCGAAAAUGAUUAAGAUAAUCUCAAAUGUCCCUCAGAUGCUCCGAAGAAUACCUUAGUAUCCAUCAGCCCAUCAGGUUCGGUGUCUGCAGGCACCAUGGUUAACCUGACCUGCUCCAGCCGAGCCAAACCUCCUGUCAGCAGCUUCAUCUGGUUCAACAUCAGCAACCGUUCACCCAUCAAAGUUUUUAAAGGAAAGAUUUACAGCUUUAAUGCAACAGUUGGAGGAACGUUUUACUGUGAGGCCACAAAUGACGUCGCCAAACAAAAGUCACCUGAAGUUCAACUCAACAUUGGAGGUAAAUAAAGAACUGUAGAAGAGAAAUAAACUGAAAUUACUUACAGAUGCUGAUUGAUUAAGUAUCUUAUGCUUGUAUUUUUUGAAGACUAGGUGGUAAUGCUUAAAUUAAAAAAAGAGAAACUGGUGGGAAGUUAAAAAUAAUUCAGAGGAAGUGAAAUGUGCUAAAGCUGUGAACUUUGCAAAAUGUGAAGCCUUGUGAGAAAAAGCAGGACUGAAGGUUUUCUACUGAACUGUGUAGAGUUGAGAAGACGUUGGAUAAGAGGCGAAACGUCUUCUCAACUCUGCACAGUCCAGUUGCCUGUUUUUGGAGUCUUCAAGAAAACCACGACCUAGAUGAAUGAGAAUCUACAUGGACGUUUUCUGCUGAAGUUAUUGUUGGUCACUGUGUCAAAUUAAAGCACAUUACAACAUAAUUACACACAGUUUCAUCAUCUUUUCUUUUUGUUGUAGGACAGCUAUUGGACAGCUCUUCACCAUGGGGGUCAAUAGUUGGGGCGAUGAUUGGGAUCAUCAUUCUCAUUGGUUUGGCAGUCGUGGUUUGGUAAGUAUAUUAGAGAAUUUUCAUUUUACAGUAGCGAGCUUUGACAUAUCGGCAGUAAGAAUCAUGUUUUUACUUUAUUUUAUUGUUACAAUAAUAUAUAUUCAAUCAUAUAAAAAGCAUCACUCAUACAUGCAAAAAAAAUAAAAAAAAAAAAAAAUAAAAUAAAAUAAAAAUAAUAAUAAUAAUAAAGUAAUUAUUAUUAUUAUUAUUAUUAUUAUUAUUUUAUUUAUUUAUUUAUUUUAAUUGCUUUUGGGGCCCCCCUACUGGCCGCAGGGCCCUAAGCAGGCACUUAGUUCGCUUAUGCCUCGGGCCGGCUCUGGUUAUUACCAUUUUCUGUUGUGCUUAUAUAAAGUAUCUGAUAGUAUUUGUGUGUCUUCCAGGUGGUUUAAGUCAAAACAAUCAACUUUCCAACAAACACAGGUGGGAAACAAUCAAAAAUUUUACAUGUUUUAUUCAGUAUGAGUUUAUUUCUGACUGUUCACAAUGACAGCACUUCUUAGAUCUCAUCAGGACAGAACAACAAGUUUGACAUUGUAAAUGGAGAAAUAACAGAUAACAGAAUAGCUUGUUAACCAACAACCGACUGUUUUCAUUCUAGAUUUUUAGUUUUUUCUCUUUAGUUUUUGGAUAAUUACUUUGUCAAAUGUGAGUGUGAGUCAGAGUAGCACAUCUCUCAGUUUGUUGGUCUUUUUUUUUUUAAAUGCAGAGCCUUACAGCUGGAGAGCCGGCCGUAGAGGAACAAGCCAGAGCUGCAGACAAAGAGGACAUACACUAUGGCGAGAUUGACUUUUCAAAGCUGAGACCUGGAUCAUCUUUUAACUCAGGGAACAACAGCGGACCGCCGCAGAAUACUGUGUACGCGCAAGUCAAAGUAUCCAAACCAGUGAUGAGCUUCCAGCAGGCUGGUGGAGGUACAGAGGAUCUGUACGCUCAAGUGAAGAGAAAGUGA